AUGGAUGUCAUUUUGCCAAUAGAGGUCUUCACUAUGGGAAACUUGGCAAUGAUCAACAUUCAUGGCAACGAUCUUACAGGACAACUGCCAUCCGAGGUUGGACUUCUGACAAGUCUGACAUACCUUCAAGUGUCAAUGAACCAAUUCGAUGGACCCAUACCCACGGAUAUUGGAAGACUGACCAGCAUUCAAAGGUUAAGAAUAUACAGCAACGUUUUCACGGGAUCUCUUCCAAGUGAGCUUGGGCAGUUGACCAACAUGACAAGUUUCAGUUGCUACCUGAACUCCAUCAAUGGUAGCUUGCCAACCAACUUGGGUAGGCUGACCGGCAUUCAAUCGCUAAGAAUGUACAGCAAUGAUUUUACAGGGUCAGUUCCAAGCGAGCUUGGGCAGUUGACCAACAUGACAGAUUUGCAGGUGUCUCGAAACGCUCUCAGUGGUAGUUUGCCAACUGACUUGGGUAGGUUGGCCGGCAUUCAAGUGCUACUCGCCCACAGGAACGCCUUCUCAGGGUUUCUUCCAAGUGAGCUGGGGAAGUUGAUCAACAUGACAAGGUUUAGCUGCUACCGGAACUCCCUCAAUGGCAGCAUACCAUCUGAGCUUGGGUGGUUGACCAGCAUGGAACAGUUGACAGUUUACAGAAACACUUUUACAGGGUCUCUUCCAAGCGAGCUAGGUCUAAUGACCAACAUGACAAGUUUCAGUUGCUACCUGAACUCCAUCGAUGGCAGUGUGCCGACCGACUUGGGUAGGCUGACCAGCAUUCAAGUGCUAAGAAUGUACAGCAAUGAUUUUACAGGGUCAGUUCCAAGCGAGCUUGGGCAGUUGACCAGCAUGACUAAUUUUCAGGUUUCUCAAAACUAUCUCAGUGGCUCUCAGCCCCAUGAAUUAGGGAGGCUAUCCAAUUUAACCAGGUUAAACAUGAGGCACAAUUUCCUUUCUGGUUCUCUGCCAACUGAAGCUGGACUACUGACACAACUGACUGCACUGAGUCUGAGAAGCAACUCAUUCGAUGGACCCCUGCCCAGUGAGCUUGGACUGCUGUCGAAGUUGACUCUAGUCUGUUGCUGAAUGACUGUUUUUUCUCUGGUGUCAUUCCUACUGAACUUGGGCUGAUGAAAUCGCUGCAGACACUGAACCUUGGUAACAAUUCCUUUGUUGGUUUAGUCAUCUCCGAAUUGGGGCAGCUUGGAAAUCUACAAGAGCUGGAUCUUUCAGUGAACCCACCCUCCCUGAGAGGGCCGUUCCCUUUCGAUUCCUUGCCUGGUAGCCUAGGAUAUCUGAAUAUCUCUGGCAGUCCUGGUUUAGUUGGUUUCAUUCCAGAAGAGCUCUGUUUCUUUCAAAAUUCCUCUUGCUCUUAUGGUGGGGAAGAUGCUCAGUGCUACAUUGACUUUGAUUGUUCCAACCUACUCUGUGGAUGUGAUUGUGAAUGUUGAGUGGUUCGAGUAGAAUUAUUCCAUUGAUUAGCAAAUCCAUCUGUCUGUACU